UUGCUUGUCAUUCCAAAAAAGUCUGAAAAAGAAAGAAAGCCCAUGUCGGCGAAGCCGUUAACGAGAUUCCGGCGAGUUCAGAUUCGGUAGAUCUGGAGAGGCAUCGCGAGGAAGAACCGAACGAGGGAAAGCAACAGCAGGGGCCAUGGGCUGGGGAUGGAAGAUCUACGAAGGCACGGUAGUGAUCGGAUCACUAUGUCUUCUUGGCUGGGCUGGGCUCUGGUUCCUCAACCGCCGUCUCUACAAAGAAUACGAGGAGAAGCGUGCCCUCGUCCAGAUCCUCUUCAGCCUUGUCUUUGCAUUCUCCUGCAACCUUUUCCAGCUCGUUCUCUUUGAGAUCCUCUCUGUUCUCUCUAAAGAUGCAAGGUGGAUAAAUUGGAAGAUUGACCUAUUUUGUUUGAUAUUGUUGCUGGUGUUUGUGCUGCCAUAUUAUCACUGCUAUCUGAUGCUGCGGAACAGUGGAUUGAGAAAAGAACGUGUUGCGUUUGGGGCAAUCAUAUUCUUACUAGCGUUUCUGUAUGCUUUUUGGCGCAUGGGGAUUCACUUUCCUAUGCCUUCUCCUGAGAAAGGAUUCUUCACAAUGCCUCAGUUAGUUAGUAGAAUUGGUGUAAUAGGCGUGACUGUGAUGGCUGUGCUGUCUGGUUUUGGAGCUGUCAACCUGCCUUACAGUUAUUUGUCCCUCUUCAUCAGGGAGAUUGAGGAGUCGGAUAUUAAAGCUUUGGAAAGGCAAUUGAUGCAAUCAAUAGAGACAUGCAUCAUGAAGAAGAAAAAGAUUGUCUUAUCCCAAAUGGAGAUGGAGAGAAUACAGGGAUCAGAGGAGAAACUUAAAGCCAGAUCCUUUAUCAGACGUCUUGUUGGAACAGUUGUUAGAUCCGUGCAUGAAGAUCAGAGGGAGCAAGAUAUUAAAAGCAUGGAAGCAGAGGUACAAGCACUGGAAGAGCUUUCCAAGCAGCUAUUCCUUGAAAUAUUCGAGCUUCAUCAAGCAAAGGAAGCUGCUGCUUUUUCUCGAACCUGGAGAGGACACCUGCAGAAUUUAUUAGGCUAUGUCUUAUCAGUUUAUUGUGUGUACAAAAUGAUAAAGUCUUUACAGAGCGUGGUGUUCAAGGAGGCUGGAUCAGUCGAUCCAGUGACAAUGAUAAUCAGCAUACUCUUGCAACGGUUUGACAUAGGCUUCAAUACUGCCCUUCUAUCACAAUAUGUUUCUUUGCUAUUCAUUGGAAUGCUGGUUGUCAUGUCAGUUAGAGGCUUUCUAUCAAAUCUCAUGAAGUUCUUCUUUGCUGUUUCUAGAGUUGGCAGUGGGACAUCUUCCAAUGUUGUUCUUUUCCUUUCUGAGAUUAUGGGCAUGUAUUUUGUGUCAUCCAUCCUCUUGAUAAGAAAAAGUCUAGCAAGUGAAUACAGGAUUAUUAUAACAGAUGUUCUUGGGGGUGAUGUCCAGUUUGAUUUCUACCACCGCUGGUUCGAUGCAAUCUUUGUUGCGAGUGCUUUUCUCUCGUUGCUACUGUUGACUGCACAACAUAGUUCUCGCCAAGCAGACAAGCACCCCAUUGAUUAAGUUCAUCGCUGUAAAUAUGUACUAGCUCCUGUAUUGGGUUAUCAUAGUUUUCUUUUUUUUUUUUGCUAAUAACGCAUCAGUAAUUUUUUAAGGGAGGGGAAGAAGGUUUGGACGUGUAGCUUUGAGAAGAUUUAUAUAUAAAUUGUGCCAGCUUUUAUAAAUUUAUUUGCAUGGCUCGCAUUUGGCAGGUCAGUUCCAAGGAAAUGCAUUCACAUAACAGCAAAAAAACGCCAAUCUUGUUCACUUUACAAAUCCAUAUUAAUUUGAGUAUUUUUUUUCCAUCCCAA